CGCCAGCUUGGUCCCUAUGGAGCUUCCGUAGCGGUGCUGGCGCGGCGGGGAGCGUUCGGGAUGAGCGCGGCCGAGGCCGACCGCUGGGCGUGGCUGCUGGUGCUCUGUUUCGUGUUUGGGUGCAAUGUCCUGCGGAUCCUCCUUCCGUCCUUGUCCUCCUUCAUGUCCAGGGUGCUGCAGAAGGAUGCAGAGCAGGAGUCGCAGAUGAGGGCAGAGAUCCAGGAUAUGAAGCAAGAGCUCUCCACGGUCAACAUGAUGGACGAGUUUGCCAGAUACGCCAGGCUGGAAAGGAAGAUCAACAAGAUGACGGACAAGCUCAAGACUCAUGUGAAAGCACGGACAGCUCAACUAGCCAAGAUAAAAUGGGUGAUGAGUGUUGCUUUCUACAUAUUGCAAGCAGCCUUGAUGAUCUCGCUCAUUUGGAAGUAUUAUUCUGUCCCCGUGGCUGUUGUGCCAAGUAAAUGGAUAACACCGCUAGACCGCCUGGUAGCCUUCCCUACCAGAGUAGCAGGUGGUGUUGGAAUUACCUGUUGGAUUUUAGUUUGUAACAAGGUUGUGGCGAUUGUACUUCACCCUUUCAGCUGAAGAGGAGAUGAACACUGCUGGGGGACUGUUUUGUUGUCCUGGGAAUUGAACUCAGGGCUCCUUACCACUGAGCCCCAACUCCAGCCUUUUUUAUUUUU